UGGGCGAAGAUGUCACGUAGCCGUGAUUAAUCUGAGGGAGCAGCUGAAAUAUUGAUAAGGGGAAAACGGAAAUCAAAUGAAAAGUAGAGGGCACAGAAGAGAGGGAAAGGAAAGCACGUACUGGAGCUGCGAGCGCUGCAGAAGCCCCCUGAGGAAAUGCCUGGUUGAUGCAGCCUGUCUGGAUGGGCUGGGAAUUCUAACUCCAGCGCUGCUUUGGAUCUAACAAGUUUAAUCUCUCCUUUGCAAAACUGCAGCGGCAGGGUAGUAAUCCACAGCUGGUGGGGAGUUUUGGUUUUGGUCUCAACCUGGAUUUUUACAAACUGGUCUGCCACUGGUUGAGGGGAAAGGGUAUCAAAGAUCAAUUUUAGGACCAUUAAAAAUAUCUGUUAAACACGUAAGGAUGUUUCAGACUGUACCAGACACUUCGUCUUACGUCAAGGAGGCCCUGUCGGUGGUGAGCGACGACCAGUCCCUCUUUGACUCCACGUACGGCGCUGCCACUCACCUCCCCAAGGCAGACAUGACAGCCUCAGGGAACCCUGACUAUGGCCAGCCGCACAAAAUCAACCCUUUGCCUCCUCAGCAGGAGUGGAUUAAUCAGCCAGUCCGGGUCAAUGUUAAAAGAGAAUAUGACCACAUGAAUGGAUCAAGGGAGUCCCCUGUAGACUGUAGUGUGAACAAAUGCAGCAAGCUCGUCGGAGCAGGCACAGAGUCCAACCCCAUGAGUUACAGCACCUACAUGGAUGAGAAGAACGGGCCUCCUCCCAACAUGACCACCAAUGAGAGGAGAGUCAUUGUCCCAGCAGAUCCCACCCUAUGGACCCAGGAGCACGUGCGCCAGUGGCUGGAAUGGGCCAUAAAAGAAUAUGGAUUAAUUGAGAUUGACACCACCUUCUUCCAGAAUAUGGAUGGCAAAGAGCUCUGCAAAAUGAACAAGGAUGACUUCCUCCGAACCACCUCCCUCUACAACACAGAAGUUCUGUUGUCUCACCUCAGUUACCUCAGGGAAAGUAGCUCACUGCUGGUCUACAAUACUCCAUCCCACACAGAAGCUUCCUCACGCCUUGCCACCAAAGAAGAUCCCUCCUCCUAUGAUGCAGUCAGGAGAACAGGAUGGGGCAGUAAUAUGAAUUCUGGCCUCACCAAAAGUCCUCCUGUUGCAGGGACACAAAAUGUGAAUAAGACGACAGAACAGCAGCGGCCCCAGCCAGAUCCCUAUCAAGUCCUGGGGCCCACCAGUAGCCGUCUUGCCAAUCCUGGGAGUGGGCAGAUACAACUGUGGCAGUUCCUCCUCGAGUUGCUGUCGGACAGUUCCAACGCCAGCUGUAUCACGUGGGAAGGGACCAAUGGGGAAUUCAAGAUGACAGACCCAGAUGAAGUGGCACGGCGCUGGGGAGAACGCAAAAGCAAGCCCAACAUGAAUUACGACAAGCUGAGCCGAGCCCUUCGAUACUACUAUGAUAAGAACAUUAUGACCAAAGUGCAUGGCAAAAGGUAUGCCUACAAAUUUGACUUCCAUGGCAUUGCCCAGGCUCUCCAGCCUCAUCCCACUGAAUCGUCAAUGUACAAGUAUCCAUCAGAUCUCCCCUACAUGCCUUCUUACCAUGCCCACCAGCAGAAGGUGAACUUUGUACCCCCACACCCUUCGUCUAUGCCUGUCACAUCAUCCAGUUUCUUUGGAGCAGCCUCACCUUAUUGGACCUCCCCUGCUGGAAGCAUUUAUCCAAGCCCCAACGUUCCUCGCCAUCCCAACGCCCAUGUAUCACCACACUUGGGCAGCUAUUACUAGAUGCUUUUAUCUCCAAGUGGCCUUAAUCAGUCUUGUUGGACCUUUUUUUUUUUUUUACAUCUGGGAUUUUUUUUGUUUUUCUGGGGACCCUUGACGGAUAAUUGUGGCCUUUCUGGGACAGAAGUAAAACUGGAUAUUGGCUAUUCCUGGAUCAAACCUUCUACUUUUGUAAUUUUGCCUCUUGUGUCUUGAACUGAGAGAUGGAUGCUUCUUUGGGCCAGUACUCCGCAUUUUUCUUUGGUUUUUAAUGCUUAAAUCCUCUGUAGGAAUUGACUAUGAAGAUUGUUCCUCGUUACCUGGAAUGACUAUUAGCUUUUUGAUGAGAGAAUAUUUUUAAGAAUUCAAAGCUGGUUGACAAGACAUAGAUCCAACCGUGGGUCUUAGGAACACGUGACUACAGGUUUUUUUUUCUCGCUUUGGAGAGGGCAGUUUGACUACAAAGUCAGGAGGACCUUGGGCUGCAGGGGACUACAACUGGAAUCUUAGCUUUAAGGCAGAUGAGGAUUUUCACCCAACUGGAAAUUAAAAAAAAAUAUAUAUAUUCACAUAUAUAUAUGUACAUGCAUAUUUUAAGAAGUAAAGGGCAUUGAAGGAAAUUUCUAGGCUGUACAACUUCAGUAGACUGUGUAUUAACUCCAGAAACAUCAGAAACCAGAACAAAAAGUACCUUAAUGUCAUGCACAUACAUUCUCUGAAAGCAAAAGUGAAGUAAGAGAAAUGACAGCAGGUCCUUGGGCUCGGCCAGAGCCGCAGGGACCGCUCACUGCUACCGAUUCGCGAACGCUGUGCGUUUGUCAGACCGUCAUCCAAAGGGUCAACAAAUCAGAAGGCAAAUUACUGUAUAAAUUAUGCAGAGUUAUUUUUCCCUAUAUCUCACAGUUUUAAAAGAAAGAUUAAAUAAAACGAGUUGACCUCGGUCACAAAUGCAGGUUUGUUUUUUUUUUUUUUUACUAUCAGAUCAGUUGUGUGUGGGUUGUUUUUGUUGUUGUUUUUUUUUUUUUUAAUGUAAUUUGUACAUCUUUCCAAUCUGUACAUUUGGGCUGUAGCUUUGUACUUUUCGCUAAAAAAAUAAAAAAAUAAGACGUGAGUAAUGUAUCUGAUGGAGAUAGCCUAGGUCCUGCAAUGGGAUUCAUGAUUGACCCCCAAACUAGCCAGAAACCUUCCAGAUUUCCCGAGUCUGUCUAGAGUAGAUGUUUUUUCUUUCAUUAGCUUGUCACAGUUGUUUGCAAACGAACUCUGUUUAGCUAACGUGUUUGUCUUGGAGCUGAUUGAAAACAUACAGUGAGAUUUCAAAGCGACUAUUUCAAUAUUUUGUGAUUACUCUUCACCAAAACCUUGAACUUUGGAAACAUUUUAACCACUUUGCAGAGAAAAUUAUCAAAUGCUUCUCGAAGCAUCUUUUGGCGUGGCUUUCCGUUUCCAUUUUAAACAUUUGACAAUUUUCUCCCGCCUCUAAUUUUGCAUGUGCUAAUGUGAUGAUCCCCCAAUGGUGGUUUGGUGCCGUAAACAGAAGGGUAAACCACAAGCAGUUCUGUUUGAGAUCAGAUGUCUAUAGGGGUCUUAGGCCUACAUGUACAGCCUAUUAGCUAACUUGUAUUAACUGGCAAACAAUUAACAGGAUCAGAAAUAUCUAGUCUAGACAAAACCUCCGGGACUCUGUGUGGGUGCAAGAUUUGGUCCGUGUGCAUCCGAUUGCAGGAUGAGAGCCUGAAACCAGAACGUUAUAGUCUGCUCAUAACUUUAAACAGAAGCACUGAUGCCAUUAUUUAACAAACAGGAGAAAUAAGAUCGAGCUAAUCCGUUUAGGUCUUAGUGCUUUUGGGAUGUUUAUAAGCAACGUUACCGCAAUAAUCGCAAAUUUUAACUAUGAAGAAAUUACCCGUGGAAACGGGGCUUUUGCUACUAUAUAUAUGCAAUGUACUUUUUGGAUAUUAAAAUAUAUAUAAUUUUGCAAGUAAUCUUGGUGUUUUUUUAAAAAAAAAUUGUAUUAAGUGUUACAAUGAAAUAGUUGUAUGAAGAGGAUGAUGUAAAAAAUGUGGCAAAAUAAAUGGUGGUUUUCUUCUCGAA